UAUAACUCGAAAUGUUCAUAUUGUGAUUCUUUGUUCUCUAUGGCUGCAGAGUUUCUAUCUAUUAGUGUGAUCAAUCUUAUCGAAUUUUACGUACUAAACACUUGUUUGUCAUUACCAAUCGAGUUUGAUAGAAUAUAUCUCCAUUAUGUUUGCAGGGUUUUUUGCGGAAGUACUUGAGCAAUUAUGGGUAUAGCAAGUAUACUUUCGAGUUGUUUCGGGAACAAUGAGCCCAAGAAGAAGCACGCAAAGGGGACAAUGCCCCCACCUCGCCACGAUGUCAAGAAUGGCCCAAAAUGUUCAGCCGUCAAAGGUGCAAUUCUUUCAUCAGUGCAUCAAAAUGUUAAGAAAUGUGCAACACGUCCAGUUGUAACCGGUACCGUUCCUCCAUCAGCGCAACGUGACGUCAAGAAAUGUGCAAAACGUCCAAUCAUGACAUAUACUAUAUAUUCGUCGGUGGGUAGUGAUGUCGAGAAAUGUGUAAAACGUCCGAUCAUGACAUGUAACAUUCAUUCGUUAGUUCGUCCUAAUAUCGAGAAAUGUAUAAAACGUCGAGUCAUAACAAGUACCGUUCCACCACCGACGCAAUGCAACCUGAAGAUAUGUGUAAAGCCGAAUAGUGAAUGUAGAAGUGGAGCAAGAGCAAAUGAUGGAGCCACAAAGCAAGCAGCAGCUAUUAGCACCACCAUUCAGAUUCCGGUCACACUUCCGUGCACCAUUAACAUUAAAAACAGUUAAUUAAUUUAUUUUUUGUAAUUUAAUAAU